AUGGAGUAUUCUUUUCUUGAAGACUUGAAAAAUGACAAUGAAAGUUGGAUCAUAAGGAUUAAACUUUGUAAGAUGUGGGAGUCUACUAACACUAAGAAGGAUGAUGAAUUAAUUAGUCUGGACAUGAUUUUCAUUGAUGAGAAGAAAAAUAUUAUGCAUGCAACAAUUCGAAAAUUAUUUGUUUCAAAGUUUAAGCAUCUUUUGAGUGAGGGUUCUCUCUAUACUGUAAAGAAUUUCAAGGUGGUUGAAAGUACAGGCGAGUAUAGGCCUGUUUUAAAUGCCUACAAGAUUAUUUUUCUAAAAACAACUUCAAUCAUGAAAUUAGAAGAAGGAAGCAUCAAGAUUCCAACUAACGGAUUUCAAUUCGUAUCUCAUAAUUUGAUUGAUUCACGUAUCAGUAACAAUACAAUUCUCUCGGAUAUUAUCGGAUGUUUAUGUGGUGUGGGAGACAGUGAGAUUAUUGGCGCAGGUUGGAAAAAAAGAGACUUGAAAAUCAUAACAGAUUAUUCAAUCACAUCAAAAAUUACACUAUGGGGUAAGAUGGCAGAGAUGUUUGAUACAAAUAUGUAUAAAAAAGAUGAGGGUCCUAUUAUUGUGAUAGUAACUUCUACCACAAUAAAAAAAUUUCAAGGUGAUUAUAAAUGUUGA